AUGGAGAGGAAACGUGAGAUUUGCAGCCCCUUCUUUCCACGCCGCGACUCUUUGAGGAAAACAAGUGCGGAAAUUGUCAGUGAAGCCAGACAAUCCCUGAGAGUUCAAUCCACCCAGCGGCCGUUCACUCCCAGAGAUGGACACCGGCAGCUUUUUGGAAAGAGCUCUGUGCGCCUGGGUCACGACAACAGACCUCCAUCGACCUUCAGCCUUCAUGCUCAACAUUUUGACGCUCCCGAUUCAAGGCCAGGUUCAGGGACACGUCUCUCUCCACUGGACCACAAGCCAAAGUUUCCACUGCCCAGUGAAGCUGAGGAUGCAUUCAAAGCCCUCCCUACACCCCCCGCUGACCCGCUGGAAGUGAGGAGGGGGCGGGCAGGCACACGGGCACGCCUCCUCAGGGCUGGAUCUCUCACCACGUUGCCUCCUGUCGAGGGAUACACGGAUGUGACACAAGGAUUAAACCCGGGACAAAAGCCACUGUCAGCCAAACGCCACCCGAGCACGGACCACGCCGCGGUCCUCAGCGGUCCCCGCAAACCCGGCCCACGCAGAGCAGCGAGUGAGAGUAGAAUAAAGCAGGCUGAUGUUGACUCAGGUGUUGGACCCACUGACUGCACAACAGGACGGAGAACAGGAGACGACGCCACGAGCACGGAGGAGGAUGCAGAGUCAUCGGUGUGGAACAGUAAGAUCGGUGCUCUUCUGCAACAACUGGAGAGUGUGGCUGCAGGCAGCUCCGAGGUCUCUGUGGACCGUCUGUGCGAUUUGUGUGAUGGCCUCCGCGGCACCUUGGCACAAGCGGACAUGCUCGGCCGACUCUGUAAGAGGAGGUCGGGGAUCCUUCGAACACUGUUCCGCCUCAUUGACCUCAACUCUGCCCGGCUCAACCUGCACAUCGCCAAGCUCUGCCUGGCUCUGUGUGUCAGUGGGAACAACCUGCUCAACAUCUGCAAGCUCAUCUUCCAGAUCAGCCGCAGUGAAAACAACGACGUCCUCUUCCAGAACAUCUGUAUCAUAGACUCGCUGCUGGGCGUGCUGCGCAGCGAGGAGGUGUCUACAUCAGGGGAAGCUCUCCUGUACUGCGUCGGUGCUCUGAAGUUUCUCUCGGGAAACGGUGCCAUCCUCAGACUCCUGCUGGACAAGAACUGCAUCGGCGUUUCUCAGAAACUCCUCCAGAGGCUUCACACGGUGGAAGACGCUCACUUCGGUACAGCAGGACACAUCGUUGUGCAGCUGACAGCGACCCUGAGGAACCUCGCCGAUCAUCCUGACUCCCGGCCGCACUUUGUGUCCUUCUCUCUGCUGCCAGAGCUUUGUCUGGUGCUGCGCCGUCACCGCAAAGACCAGGACAUCUGUACAAACAUUGCCAGAAUAUACAGUAAACUCUCCUCUUACUCUGAGUGCCGACUCGCCCUGGCCCAGACCCCCGACUGCUACCAACUAUUUUUAGAACUGCUGAGCAAACAUCGCCAAAAACAGGACCUGGUCGUGCGUCUUCUCUUCACCCUGGGGAACCUCACGGCCAAAAGCGAGGAGGCUCGGCUGCAGCUCUUCCAGUGCAACGGCUGCAUGGACACACUCCUGCAGCUGUAUGACAGCUACCAGCGAAGAGACGCGUCACCACACACACCCUCACGGGCGGGUGAACCUUCCCCGCCUACUGGCAAACCUCCGGCUCCUCCCGUGAGCCCGCAGGAGCGUGACGACGUGCUGGUGAAGCUGGUCAGGGUGCUGGCCAACAUGUGCAUCCACCCGGCUGUGGGCCCGGCCCUGGCGAGCGACACAGCCUGCAUGCAGCUUCUGAUGGAGACACUCGAGUUGAGAUCCGUGCAGGAGAGCGAGGAGCUGCUGGUGAACGUUGCCGCCACCAUCAACAACCUGUCGUUCUACCAGGAGCAGAGCUCUGUCAUCAGACGCAGCCGAGUCGCCAUCACGAGGCUGAUGCUGAAGCUGGUGCUCAGCUCCAGUAUGGAGGCCAUGCUCGAGGCCACCCGUGUAUGUGGGAACAUGUCACAGUCCAAGGAUGUGCGGGACUUUAUUAUGCAAACCAAAGUGCACCAGUUUGCUGUGACGCUGCUGGACUCUAAAAGCAGUGAGAUGUGUUUCUCAGCCUGUGGAGUCCUCACCAACCUGGCCCUGGACCCCCCCAACCGGGCCAGUCUCUCACUUGAGGGGGCUCCGGCCAAGCUGCUGGACUGUCUCCGAGACUUUGGACCAGGUGACUGGCAGCUGGCGGGCCAGGUUUGUCAGGCGCUGUGGAACCUGAUCGGUGGCGGUUCGGAGAAGCGGCUGGAUGCUCAGGAGAGCAAGUCCCUGCUGGAGAUCCUCACCACGUACUUAGAUGAAGAGGAGGCUCUGAAGUGGAUACAAAAUGAAGAUAUGAGGGAUUAUCACAAGGCAUGCUGGGAGUUGGAGUUCCUGCCUGUAGCUCAGAAACUGAUAAAGACACUCCCGCCUCCGCAGCACACGUGUGAGUGACGCACUGGGACAUGGGAGUUUAGGGUCGUGUUGCCAUAGAGGGAAAGCAUUCCCUUCAUUCUAUUAAUAUUCAAAACUAUCCUCUCAUAAAUCUUAAAGGUGGCUGUAAAAAUGAAUUGUCAGUUGCAGAAAAUGUAGGAAAUCACCCUUAAAACGUGUCAGACCACUGCAUCUCCACCAUCCAGCCAUAUGCUCAGGUAUGCUCCCAUUGGUUGACUCAUGAUGAUUAUCUAUGCCGUCGUUCAUGAAUGAUGAAGCUCAGAUGUUUGGUUGAAAAGAUUCAGCAGCUUAUAGGUCAUUGCGCAAUAUAAUCACUAGACCUCAUGAAACUGUAAAAGAAUACGUGUGAAAAUGUGAAAAAUUACAAGAUUCAUAUCAACAACUCUUGUUUAUUGACAAAUACUUGCACUCCGGUUUGUGUAUGAUGUUUAUUUAUUUUCCUUGUCUUAAAUACCGACUGCUUUUUUAUUUUCAUUUCGUGAGGACAAACAUUCAAAUGUAAGGAAUCUUCAACAAGAAGAUUCUCCUCGUUAUUCCAUCGCCGUGCACCCGACAUAUUCCAAACAAUCUGGAAUUGAACGGGUUGUCACUUUCUACCUUUUUUUUUUAUAUUGAAAUUGUUGAUAUUAUUGAUUUGAACCUUUUUAACCAUUUAUGCACUUUAUCUCCCAUAAAGUUUGCUGAAGUCUUAGUUUCUGCAUAUCCUCACAUGUUCAGGUUCCUUCCACACUUCACAGAUUGCAUUUGUUUUGUCAGUACACUGUGUUGUUGUUGAUGGUUUUAUGAUAAUUGUCUCAUAAACUAAUGACUAACCUGGAAUCCACCUCUUUAAACAGUCACGUGUGUUUGUAUUGCUUGUGUUGUGCUGUGUGACAGUGGAACUUGUUGAUAAUAAAGCAGAACAAAGUGGGGGGGAAAAAAA